CUCAACGAACUUCCAAAUCUUCUCUUCUUCAAUUUCAAAUUUCCAAUCCACAAAAUUCAAAUCCUUAGCUUCUUUUUGAAAAAUUUUCAAUUUUUUUUAUUAUGGAAGCAAGCAGUGAAGUAAUAAGUGCGCUUCAAUAUAUCAAGCAAUAUUUACUCGGUGAGUUUUCUCCAGUGGAAUUAGGGAGUGUUUCAAGUGGAAAUCAAUGGUUGCCUGAGUCGAAACCUCGAGUUUCGACCCCUGGAUCUGAGUCUCUUUUGAGCUCCGAUUCGUCUCUGACAGUAUCAAAUUUUAAUUGCCUUGACGAUGAUGAUGAUUUCUUUCAAUUCUCUACCGAUUUCCCUGGAUUCCAAUUUGAAUCAAAACCUCAAAUUAUCGAUCUCACGACACCUAAAUCCCUCUCAUUAAACGCCGGUGCUUUCGAAUUUGAAGUCAAACCUCAGAUCGCUCAAAUUUCAACGACGAAACAUAAAGUUUCUUCGAAUUCGAGCUCUCAGAAUCGGAAACGGUCGCUGAAAAUCUCGUUGCCGCAUAAAAUGGAGCAGAUUCAGUUCGGUAAAUCGGAUUUAGCUCAGGCAGAGCCAAGAGUCUCAAAUUCCGAAGACAAGAAGCAUUAUAGAGGAGUCCGACAAAGGCCGUGGGGGAAGUUCGCAGCCGAAAUCCGAGAUCCGACCCGACGAGGUUCUAGGAUGUGGUUAGGAACCUUCGAAACGGCCAUCGAAGCCGCGAAGGCUUACGACCGAACCGCUUUCAAGCUACGUGGCUCGAAAGCGAUCCUUAAUUUCCCUCUCGAAGCCGGGACGUCGGAUACAAGCGCCGACGACCUGGAGAGGAAGCGGAGCAGAGAUGACGGCGAAAGGGAAGAGAGGCAAGUAAAGGCAGUGAAGAGAGAAAAGGACGAUGAGGUGACAAAAACGAGAGAGAACGGCGAAGUACCUUUAACGCCGUCAAAUUGGAAGACCUUUUUGGAUUGGGAUAACGACCAAAAAGGGUUUUUUAACGUGCCGUUACUCUCGCCGUUAAGCUUUCCCCAAGUUGUGGUUAUAUGACCACUAUUUUGUCAGUUUUUUAAUUGAGUGACGUGGAUAUUUUAUUAAAUUCGUUUUUUUUUUUUCUAAAAAAGUUGUAUAUAUAGAUAGUGUUACUUUUUCAGUGGAUAAUUCAUUUUCAAUUUACCUUUAAAAA